AUGGCGUCCGAUGACAGGUUCACGUACUUACACGUUCACGCAGACUGUGCGUCAAACGGGGCACAGAAGCGGAUGCGAUAUGUCCCAUCCUGCUAUGCCUCCGACAUCGUCAUCAAGGGCGGGCACAAGCUCGUAGGGUGGCCGGCGGACGUACCGUUCACGGAUCUCAGCAAUGUCCGCGGCGGUGUCAAGACACUCCAUGAGCUCCAUCGGCGGUGGUACCUACCCGAGGGACACCCCGACAAGCUGCGCUUCGAGCCCGCCUCGCGCGAGGACCGGGCGAAUGCCGCGCGUGAUCCUGCGAGUGUUCACCCCACGCCCCAGCACCUUCCCCAACUGGUGGAACGGGCAGCUGCCCGCGCGGCGAGAGCCUUCCCCGUUGAGGUCGAUGCCUACCGCCCCGACAACAUGGAGCAUGUAGGCUGCCAGUUGACGUCAAUGGUGCCGGAGCCCAAGGAGCAGCGGGCGCAGCGGGUGGACACGGGGAAGCGGCGGGCGCGGAAAUCGGACACGUCGACGAAGGUGCGGAAGAGGCGGCAGCAGAAGGGGAUCACAAGCAAGCGGUUUGUGCUGCCAGGGUCGAACGGUCGGGGCAGCAGCGGCGGGGGCAAGCGGACGUCGAAGCGAAAGCAAGUGGACGACUAUGCCCUGGACGACCCGAUCACUGAGUUCAGGUUGACGGCCUUCUGA